GCCGCCCAGGCGGGGUGUACGGCCGAGCCAGAACGACGUGACAGAAACCCCCCUCCCUCACACACACACCCCUUCCCCGGUACACCCCCCGUCCUCUUUCGGUGCUCCGCUCUGCUACGCCGGUUUGUUUUGUUUGUUUGUUUGUUUGUUUUCCGUUUUCUGCCGAGCCCUUCCUUCAAGUUUACUCUAAAAAAAAAGAGGGGCACACUGACCCCGGACUGCGCGCCUUCCUCCUCUUCCUCCUCCUCCUCCUCUCCACUGCGAGUCCGAUGACGGCGGCGCAGCGCGCGCUCUGCCUGGCGGCGCUGCUCGCGGCCGCUUCUGCCGCCUCGGCCGCCGGCCGCCUCGCGCGCUCCGCGGGACCCGUGGUGCGCUGCGAGCCGUGCGACGAAGGUGCGCUCGUGCAGUGCAAGCCGCUGCCUCGCGAGUGCGCGGAGCGCGUGCGCGAGCCCGGCUGCGGCUGCUGCAUGACGUGCGCAAUCGCCGAGGGCCAGCCGUGCGGCGUGUACACGGGCCGGUGCGGCACGGGGCUCAUGUGCCAACAGCGACCCGGCGAGACCAAGCCGCUGCAGGCGCUGCUGGAGGGGCGCGGAGUGUGCGUGAGCGCGCCGCGCAACAAGCAGGCCCGAGGAAGCGUCCCGGCGCGCGGAAUCGAUAGCCCGGAGGUGCCUGAGCAGGAACAUCUCUCCACCUCCACUGUGGCAACAGUCACAGAGGGCAUUGAGGUGACGCAGCGCACAGCAACAGAUUCAGGGCUUGAUGUGGACAGCCAGAGAACAGUGCCAGAGUCAAAAUGUUCUCUGUUUCACACUAAGCUGGGCAUGAUCAAGAAGGAGAAGGCCAAGAACAGCCAGAGCUACAAAGUGGAGUCAGUGGCCAGCAGCGUCCACACUGAUAUCCACAAUUUCAGCCUGGAAUCCAAGAGAGAGACCGAGUAUGGCCCGUGUCGUAGGGAGAUGGAGAGUGUUUUGAAGAGUCUUAAGAUAUCCAACGACUUAAACCCCCGAGGUUUCCGCAUUCCAAACUGUGACAGAAAAGGCUUCUACAAGAAAAAACAGUGUCGUCCAUCCAAAGGCCGCAGAAGAGGUUACUGUUGGUGCGUGGACAAGUAUGGACAGCCUCUGCCAGGCUAUGAAGGAAAUGAACAAGGCCAAGUCCACUGUUACAGCCUGGAAAAAAAGUGAGAAGCGCAGACGGAGAGAUAGUGGGGUUGAGGGAGGGAGAGAGAGAGAGAGAGAAGAGAGAGGGAGGGAGGAGGAUCCUCUCUGAAUGGUAUGAAUCCACAGUGAAAAGGGGGGAGGGGAGAUUUUUAAAGGUGCUGCCCUAUUGCUGAGCACCCCACCCAUGUGCUGGAGCAGGGACUCAUCAGACCAGGUCACUUUUACACAUCAGGGGAGCGAAGAGAGAGGGGGCCGAGGAAGGGAGGUAGGAAGUGAGGGGGUAUCUGCACUUUUCUGUUUUUUGUUUUUUUUUUCCUGUUUGGAUUACACCCCAAGGGGGCACCGGAGAGACACUAAUAAAAGACAAACACGUGACAUUUAUAAAUUAGCCUUCAUUAACACUGUGUUUGUAUAUGUGUGCAAGGGAUUUUGUUUGUCGUAUCUGAGUAAGAGCGUUCGUUGGCCCUCUCUCUUAUCUGGCUAAAUGAAGAGCCUUCUUUAAAUCACUGCCAUGACUAUCACUGUCUCUCUUGUAGCCCCUUAAGGCUUCCUAUUGCCACCCUUCUGGUGUAGGACCGUUCGAAAACGGGCAUGCUCAGUAGUGCUGGGCUGCCCCUGCCAUUGGCUCCAUCUGAAGCACAAGCACUUGAUGCACUUUGGCCCCUCGCUGAUCAGCUACCCCAGUCUAUUACAGAGGCCAUGUCUCACAACUUCACAACAUUUAUGCUUUAGAAUAUUGCAAAACCCUUACAAUUGACUCCAUAUCAGAACAUUUGAAGUCAAUUUGAAUGGCCUUUAAAAACAUUUCAAUGCAGUUUUUAAAAAUUUUGUCAUUUUCUGUUAUUCAGUGUACAUGCUUCUGUAUUCGUGUGCCGAAUUAAGCCCAUGUUAAGCAUUUGGGAGAUUAACUACAUGUCUUUCUGAUGCCUGUUUUCCUGUUCAGCUGGAAGGAGAAGAGUAUGUAAGAUAUCAAAGCUGUAGCCUGCAGCACGCUUACAAAUGGACUCCAGAUGGAUAUAAUAUACACCACAUCUUCAACGCACUAAUAUACUUUACAGAGCACUUAAUGGGAUUGCUCCCAAUGCUUGAAUAUACCAACUUUUUUAUAGACCCAGUAUUUGUCAUGUAUUUGCAUCGUCUUUUUGUGAAUUUGAAUGUAACGGGAAUGCAACAGUAUGUUGCGUUGUCGCUGCAUAGCUGGUGCACUCCAAAGCUUGACAAUAAUUACUGGCAGGUUUUCUUCCUUUCUUUUUUUUUUUUCCUUUCCAAAGCAAUGCCUUAACCGCUUCGGUGCCGAAAUGUGAUGAAUAAUGAUUAGGGGGUUGUGCUCUGUCUCUUAAAAUAUUGUCCAGUUAUUUCCCCCAAAACAAGGCCACAGCUCUACAUGGUGACCCUGUUCAUUAUGUUACAGGAAGGAUGUCUGGUCUCAUUCUGUCUCUGUCUGAUCUCCUGAGAAAAGACUUGAAAAGUGGAGGGUGCCGGAGAGGUAACCCACCCAGUAGCUCAGUAGCACAAAAUUGGCCAAAAGCUUAAUCCCCCACCCUCCUGACCCCUCCACCUCAAAUCCCUCCCAAACACAAAAAAAUUACAUACGAAAAAGACUAAAGACUUACUAAAUAUUGGUGCUACGCCAUGUUUUUCAUGACUUGAUUAUGGGGGAAGAGCAUAAAACUAUGCUUAGCUAUUGGCCCUCCUUCCUUUAACUUGUGUGUCAUUUUUAUAUGAAUAUAUGUUUUAUUUCUGGCCAGCUAUGUGUCUGAAGAGGCAUGUGAACAUUACUUUAAAAGAUCAAAGUUAUUUAUCUAAGAAAGAUAUAAGCUGAUCCAAACGUUUUUUGUUCUUUUGAAAGUUAAGUGACUCGUUGAUUGCACAACGGUGAAUAGAUAGAACUCAGCAUAUUUUUUGGGAAUAUAAUCACUAAAGUUUUUAGGUAUUUUGUCAACAGUGCAGUGUGCAAAGUCUCAGCGAUUAGUUAAGAAAUGGUUCUGUCCUUGGUUGAGUGGUCUACUAUGAAACAUCUUCAGGUUUCUUAGGUCUUUCUCUUGGCAUAUUAGAUCUAAAUGAAAGUUAGGUCUAAGCUAAAGAUUUAGAUCAUUUGUUGAGAUUAAGCUAAAACAGAGUGAAUGUUGAAGUUAAGCUGAUGCUAAGCUAACGUUUAAAGCUGCAGCUAGGCUAAUAUCAAAGCUAAGGAGAAGCUAAGAAAAACAAAAACUUGCCACCCACAUUCUGUUGUGCAAUGCCAGGGCCACUUCUCGCCGCAAGUCACUUUUAAGGAUCUCUCUGUUCACGGGUAACUGUACUUUUUUUAUCAUUUAAAAGAAUUUUGAUUCUUAAGAAGCUUUUCAUUUUACUAAACUAGAUAUUACAUAGCUAUGCCUUUCUUCAAGAAAGGAAAUGUUUUCAAAUAUAAUUUGUAUUUAAUGUCUUUUUUAAAUAAAAAUAAACACUAUUUUAAUUUA